CAGGAGCGGCGCUGUGGCGAGGGCAGCAGCGCCAGCCGCGGCCGCUCCCGUAACCAAGGCGCUGCCUUGCAAAGAUACACAGACAGAGACGGGCUGACAGACACACGCAGCGCGGAGCGGCGCGGGCUUGGGGGCCGCCUUUGCAGCGCCUCUCCUCCCUGCACCAUGCUCUGCUCCAGGCAGCGCCCGCCCGCCGCUCCUUGAGAGCAGCUAGCUCCGCGCCUAGCUAAGCGGGCGACUGGCACCCGGCUCCCCCCCGCCCCCGGUUACCUGAGUUAGCUCCGUCCCGGGGACUUUCGCAGCGCCUCCGCCCGCUCCCGCUGUGGCAGCCCUUGGGCGGCGGGGGAGAGAGCUGCCAGCAGCCGGAGGGACUGCAGCCGCCGCCGGGGAAGAGGAGCUCGAGCCCCCGCCUCCGGAGCUCUUCAUGGCGUCUCACCAGCAGACCAGGAUCCAAGCCUACCUGGAGAAGAAUAAGAUCGGUCCCCUCUUCGAGGAGUUGAUGACCAAACUGAUAACAGAGACACCUGACCAGCCAAUCCCAUUUCUAAUUGAUCAUCUUCAGUCCAAACAGGGGAACCGCCAUCAGCUUCAGAGAACGUUGUCUGGCUCUGCUGCCCUUUGGGCAGAGAGUGAAACAUCAGAAAAUAAAGGAACAAGAAGAGAUUUUAGAAGUUAUGAUAAGCCUUGGCAGGUAAAUGCAAAAAAGCCCAAAAAGUCGAAGAGUGACCUUGCUGUGUCCAACAUUUCUCCACCAUCACCGGAGUCCAAGUCAUUGCCAAGGUCAAUAGAGCAUCCUAAAUGGGAUUGGAAGACAAAACCGGAGAACCAUGAUUUUGAUGAACUAAAUCAUAUUCUUCAAGAGAGCAAAAAACUUGGAAAAGCCCUUGAGAAUCUGUCUCGCAGCAUUGCUGUUUCUGAUGAACUUGAGAAGGACACAACAGGUUUUAACACCCCCCUUCUCAGACCUCGUGUGAUUGGAGAAUGGGUUGGCCGUGAAGAGAAUGAUGCAGACCCUCUGGCUGCUGAGAUGCUACAGCCACCAAUACCAAGAAAUAAAAAUGAGCAGUGGGACAGUGAGGAUAGCAGCAGUCCUGGAGGAAGCUUAAAAAUGGAGCCAAAGACCAAAGGACUGAAACAUCAACAGCAGCAACAUAAGAAACUGCUGGCUGCCAUGCUUUCUCAGGACUCCUUUGAUUCUGCUCAAAGCACAGCUCCAUCUGUAACCGAAGAAGAUAUUGACAAUGAAGAUGAUGCAAUGGAACUACUGGAGGAUCUUGAUGAUCUCAGAAUGGAAGGAGUAACAAGUGUGAUAUCUUCUGGGAACAAAUUCAAUCAGACUCGAAGUGCUCAUACGGCUGAGCCUCAAGCAAAGGUCACAUUGAAUAUCUGUGCAAGAUGUGCCAGAUUGCAAGGGGAUAAUUUGGCAGAAGGGCCAGAAGAUGUCUCCAUGGUAUCUCAGGUAUCUGAGCCAGCGGUGUCAGACUCUGAUGCUCAAGUACCCGGAGUUGAAACACUUACAGAAGCUAUUGAUGAAUUUCAGAGUGCCUCUCAAGUGGCAGGAUCUUCUCAGACAGUUUGGACCUUGGACACUAUGGGUGUCAGACCUGGAGGUUCUCCAAGACAGAAACUCCUAAAAGACUCCUUAGCAGCAAAAGAACUUCAGACCAUGGAAAAACACCUAGCUGACAUUGAGAAGGACCUAGCAUUAUGGGAAGAAGCAAGGCUCUCAAGAAGCCCUGGUGUCCAGCAUCACAGUGUAGUUACAUCUGACAAUCAAAGCAAUCUUCAAGCUUCACAGGGCCAAACCCCAAGGCCUCAGGUGCCAACUCCAACAGGGAAGAACAUUCAGCUCCAAGGAAACAAAUCACCACCACUGCCCACCAACAGCAGAACACAGGUCUCCAGCGUUGCAAACAGUAGACCUUCCACACCUAGUGCAAAAACCAACAGGCCAUCAACUCCAGGGAGCAGACCUGUGACUCCAAAUAGCUUGUUGUCACGGCCUCUUGUCCCUAGCAACCAAGGAAAUAGGGAAAGCAUCAUUAGUAUACAAAGAAGCAGAUCUUUGACAUCUAAGAGCCAAAUCGGGAGGACCCUCAGUGCUGCUUCGGGGCUCUCUGUGCAAGUGAGUGGAGACGUUGUUGGAACUGUCACUACUCAGAGAAACAGUUUAUCAGAAGAUGCAUUCUUACUACAGCUUCAACUUCCUAAUCAACCUUGGAUAUUGCUGAGUGACACAGAAAGUGAAGGAGUGGAAGCUGACCAACACAAAUGAAGCUGUGAAGAGCAAUGAGGUAACCCCUGAGCCUCCUUUUCUCCGAACUAAACAAGCCCAAAGUCCUUAGCCACACCACAUAGGUAAUUCCUUCCAGCCCUUUCGCCAGCUUUGUUACCCUCCUCUGGAAAUGUUCAAGGACCUUCACAUCCUUCUUAAAUUGUGGGGCCCAGAACUGCCACACAGUGUUUCAGGUGAGGCUGCACCAAUACUGAACACAGCAGGAUAAUCACCUCUUGUGAGCGGCUUGUGACGCUGUGUUUGGUGGACUCCAGGACGGGGUUUGCCCUCUUGGCUUCAGGACACACUGCCAACUGCUACCAAGCCUGCUGCUGACCAGCAUCCCCAGAUCCCUUUCUGCAGGGACACUCUCCAACCACUCCUCUCCCAGUUCAUACUUGUGCCUGCCAUUAAUCUGUCCCAGGUGCAGAAUCUGGUAUUUCAACUUGUUAAACUUCAUGCUAUUAAUCACUACCCAAUGCUCCAACCUAUCUAGAUCCCUCUGCAAGGCCUCUUGUCUUUCAAGAGAGUCAGCAGCACCUCCCAGUUUGGUAUCAUCAGCAGACUUGGUAAUGGUGCAUUCAACUCCUGCCUGCAGGUUGUAGGUAAAUGUAUUGAACAGAACUGGCCCUAAAAUUGAGCCCUGAGGAGCACCACUGGUGACCAGUCACCAGCCAGAUGUAGCCCCAUUCGCUACAACCCUUUGAGCUUUGCCCUUCAGCCAGUUCUUCACCCAGCACACCGGGAACCCCCUCAUCCCACAUCUGGACAAGUUGUCCGGAAGGAUGUUGUGAGGGACAGUAUCAGAAGCCUUACUAAAAUCCAGAAAAACUGCAUCCACCAAUUUUCAUUCAUCCACUGGGUGGGUGACCUUUUCAUAGAAGGAUAUCAAAUUAAUUGAACAGGACUUUCCCUUUGUGAACCCUUGUUGACUGCAGUUAACUGCAGUGUAAUUAACUCAUGCACCCUCUAUAGGAGGUCACUGUUUCUACUAAUAUAAAUAAAGGAAUAGAACAAAAAUCCUUUAUCAAAGUAAUACUUUCUGUAUCUGAAAUCUAAUAAUGAUGACUGUCAUUAAAAAUAACUAAUUGUGUUAUCAUCUCCAUUUGAGAUUAUAUGCUAGUGUCAUGGGCAAGAAAGUGCAGAACUACCACCACUGACAAAGGAGAGGCUGCAAAUUCCUGGUUGUAAAGUGGAGUCAGUAAGGGGCUUGGUAUACUUGGUGAUGCCAGUGCUUGUAGGUAGAGCAGCUGGCAAGAUUACACAUAAUUUUUCACCCUAAAGUAAUAAAUCUGUGUGAAUGUUGUGUGUGUGAUUUAGUGUUGAAAGGGCCCAGGAGUUCAUAAUUUGUGAGUUUGAGCAGAAGAGCUGCAAAAUUAAUCUUUACAAUAGCAACACCUGUUCUUUGACUCAGCUUUUAAUAAAUUAGAUGUGGAUAUUAUUUAUCACAUUCUUUGAUUACUUUGAGAUAAUAGCAGUCAGGUGUAAAACUAGUUUUUGGUAGUGGGAAAACCAACAAUUCAAAAAAAAAAGCUGUUUGGGUCAUCUUGAGUUCUUAUAAAUUAAUACCUUCUGGUUAGUGUUCUACAAGAAAAAGAAUGAAAAAUGAGGGGGGAACAGUUUCAAAUGUAUUCAGAUGUAAGAGUUUAGAGAGGCUAUUUUCAAAGCAAGUGAUAACUGAGCAGAACUGGGUCGCUUUGGCAUCUCAACAUGUCCCGACAAACAUAAUUUGCAAAACAA